CAACCCCAAUCGGACAAACAAAAUCAACAAACUAGUAGAAGAAGAAAGAAACAAGAACAAGACAGAGAAAAGAUUCGUACGGUUACAUCUCUUUUACACUUCGUUCAGGAGAAAAAGCAUAAGGAAAGGGUCUUAACUCAAAAAAUGAAGGAAGGAAACGAUGGGUUUGUUCGAGCAGAUCAGAUUGAUCUAAAGAGCUUAGAUGAGCAACUAGAGAGACAUUUAAGCAGGGCUUUGACUUUAGAGAAGAACAGAAAGAGAGAUGAAGAAGAAUCCGCCGCCAUCGGAGCCUCCGCCUCUUCCUCUCCCGUCGCUCUCAACGGCGGUUUUGUAGGUAAGAAGAAGCAGAGACUUGAGUGGGAGAUCGAUCCUUCUAAGCUUAUCAUCAAGACUGUUCUUGCACGUGGUACAUUUGGUACUGUUCAUCGCGGUAUCUAUGACGGUCAAGAUGUCGCCGUGAAGCUGCUUGAUUGGGGUGAAGAAGGUCAUAGAUCAGAAGCUGAGAUAGUGUCGUUGAGGGCAGAUUUUGCUCAGGAGGUUGCUGUUUGGCAUAAACUGGAUCAUCCUAAUGUUACUAAGUUCAUAGGAGCUACAAUGGGUGCAUCAGGAUUACAGCUACAAACAGAGAGUGGUCCAUUAGCAAUGCCAAACAACAUAUGUUGUGUUGUUGUUGAAUAUCUUCAAGGUGGUGCUUUAAAGUCCUUCUUGAUCAAGAACAGAAGAAGGAAGUUAGCAUUUAAAGUUGUCGUUCAGCUCGCUCUUGACCUAGCUAGAGGGUUGAGUUACCUUCAUUCGCAGAAGAUUGUUCACCGUGAUGUAAAGACAGAGAACAUGUUAUUAGACAAAACGCGGACUGUCAAAAUCGCGGAUUUUGGAGUUGCGAGAGUUGAAGCAUCUAACCCUAAUGACAUGACAGGAGAGACUGGCACACUUGGCUACAUGGCUCCUGAGGUUCUCAAUGGAAACCCGUAUAAUCGGAAAUGCGAUGUGUACAGUUUUGGUAUCUGCUUAUGGGAGAUAUAUUGCUGUGACAUGCCAUAUCCUGACCUUACUUUCUCUGAGGUCACUUCAGCCGUUGUCCGCCAGAACCUGAGACCCGACAUACCGAGGUGUUGCCCGAGCGCUCUUGCAGCUGUGAUGAAGCGGUGUUGGGACGCAAACCCGGACAAGAGACCGGAGAUGGACGAGGUUGUACCGAUGUUGGAGAGUAUUGAUACGAGCAAAGGAGGUGGGAUGAUCCCUGUAGACCAGCAGGAGGGUUGCCUUUGCUUCCGAAGGAAACGUGGUCCUUAGAUCUUAAAGACCAUCUAAUGUCAUUCUAAACUCAAGAUUUGUGUCCUGUUUUUCUUUUCUCUUUCUUUUUUAAUUAUCAAUCCAGCAAAAUGAAAGGCUUGUUAGGGAAUUAAUGGUGGCUAAAAUUCACGUAAAGUAUGAUUUGGUUUCCAUAUUCUUCAGCUUUUCUUGUUUUGUUCUGUUGGUGAGAAUUUCUUCUU